GGGCAUAUUUUAAUCGAAACACGCGCUCGGCAGCGCCCUGGCCUGUCGACUCCUCAGUUCACACCACACUAGUCAGUCCUCCCUCCCCUGUCUCCCUCUCCUCAGACUUCAGACCACGGCAACCCUCUCGGAGAACUCAUUCCUCAGCAUCCUCAAUCGUCCGUCUCCGUCGUCCAUCACGGUGUUCGUGCUUCUCGGUUCUCCAGUCCUUUUUCGGCGUCCCUGGUACUUCAGUCCUUUCCUCAUUCAAACUUCGAAAGAUGCAAUGCAGAGAGAUAAGCAGUUAGUAAAGGGGUUUACUUAUCCAUAACUACAGCCAUUUUUACUUGCAAAAAAUCCUUCAAGUUAUGUGCACACUCUCAAUCCCUGACACUUCAUUCCUUCUGGGUUUGUGCCCAUCCUCUACAUGCUCUUCAAUUUUCAAAUCCACAAGUAGUUGCAACACUUGUACUAUAUUCUCCAAGAAAACUCAGAGAAAAAGGCAUACGACACAGAGGCUUGCACAUAUAACUGUAGCAGCAGCUUCUUUGAUAGCCAAAGAUGUUUGGAAGAGAUCAUCACCAUCUUCUUCCUCAUCCAGUAGACAAGGUCAUACUAGAAAUCAAGAACCUGUUUAUUUGGACCAUAGUGUGGACAUGGAUGAGUUGCUGGCAUCAAUUGGGCAGACCCAAAAUGAGCAAGAACUGUAUGCUUUAAUGUCACACUACAGUGGCAGGCAACUUUCCAUUCGGUUUAUGGUUUCUCUCCUUUCACGGGAGCCUGAUUGGCAACGCUCACUCGCUAUUUUGGAUUGGAUUAAUGACAAGGCUCUUUACACUGCUUCUGUGUUUGCUUACAAUGUUGUGCUGCGUAACGUGCUUCGAGCGAAGCAGUGGGGGCUUGCACAUGGCCUAUUCAAUGAAAUGCGUCAAAAAGGGCUGGCCCCUGAUAGGUACACUUACUCUACACUAAUAACUUGUUUUGGGAAAGAAGGUAUGUUUGAUUCUGCUUUGUUUUGGCUCCAGCAGAUGGAGCAAGACAAAGUUUCUGGUGACCUUGUCCUGUAUAGCAAUUUGAUUGAGCUCUCACGUAAGUUAUGUGACUAUUCCAAGGCAAUAUCUAUCUUUGUGAGAUUAAAAAGGUCUGGUAUCACUCCAGACAUUGUUGCGUAUAACUCAAUGAUCAACGUCUUUGGGAAAGCUAAGCUCUUCCAAGAAGCUCGUCUUCUUCUAAAAGAGAUGAGGGAAGCUGGGGUUCGCCCUGAUACAGUGAGCUACUCAACGCUUCUCACUAUUUAUGUUGAAAACCAAAAGUUUUUGGAAGCACUUUCUAUUUUCUCUGAGAUGAAUGAGGUAAAGUGCCUCCUUGAUCUGACAACAUGCAAUGUCAUGAUUGAUGUUUAUGGCCAGCUUGACAUGGUGAAGGAAGCUGAUAGGUUAUUUUGGAGCAUGAGGAAAAUGGGGAUUGAGCCCAGUGUUGUUAGUUACAAUACCCUUUUAAGAGUAUAUGGAGAGGCUGAGUUAUUUGGAGAAGCUAUCCAUCUAUUUCGUUUGAUGCAGAGGAAGGGUGUUGAACAGAAUGUUGUCACCUACAAUACUAUGAUUAAGAUUUAUGGAAAGUCUCUUGAGCAUGAGAAGGCAACAAAUCUUAUUCAAGAAAUGCAGACUAGAGGUAUCGAACCAAAUGCCAUUACUUAUUCAACGAUAAUAUCUAUCUGGGGUAAGGCAGGGAAAUUGGAUAGAGCGGCAUUGUUGUUUCAAAAAUUAAGGAGCUCAGGGGUUGAGAUUGACCAGAUUCUAUACCAAACAAUGAUUGUGGCUUAUGAGAGGGCAGGGUUAGUUGCUCAUGCUAAGCGUCUGCUUUUGGAACUGAAACAACCAGACAAUAUUCCAAGAGAGACAGCAAUCACGAUUCUUGCUAGAGCUGGUAGAAUUGAAGAGGCUACAUGGGUUUUUCGCCAGGCUUUUGAUGCUGGAGAAAUAAAAGAUAUAUCUGUAUUUGGUUGCAUGAUUAAUCUUUUCUCAAGGAACAAGAAGUAUAUAAAUGUCAUUGAAGUGUUUGAAAAGAUGAGAGAGAAGGGAUAUUUUCCUGAUUCAAAUGUUAUUGCUCUUGUGCUGAAUGCUUUUGGAAAGCUGCGUGAAUUUGAGAAGGCAGAUAUUUUAUAUGUAGAGAUGCAAGAAGAAGGUUGUGUUUUUCCAGAUGAAGUGCACUUCCAGAUGCUCAGUCUUUAUGGGGCAAGAAGGGAUUUUUUGAAGGUAGAGUCACUGUUUGAGAAGCUGGAUUCCAAUCCCAAUAUCAACAAGAAGGAGUUGCAUCUUGUUGUUGCCAGCAUUUAUGAAAGAGAAAAUAAACUUAAUGAUGCUUCCCGGGUCAUGAACAGGAUGAAUGAGAAAAGAAGUAUGGAUACUUGAACAUGCUUAGAAAUUUGCAUCCACUUUUCCCUUGAUGAAAUGUCCAUUAUUCUUGAACAUUCUUUACGUCUAUAGUACUGUAUUAAGUAAGCCUCUCCUUUUCCUACUAAUGAGGCCAUGUACCUAUGAACCUCAGCAAUGGCAUAAGUUCAGUUUCAGCCAAAGAGCAUCCGGGUAGUUACAUCUUCAUACCAAGAUCUUACAAACAUUCUUUGUUUGAAUCGCAUCCUUCCUUGUUUGUAAGCAUUGUCCUUUUGUGUGUUUAUAUGUCUAUGUCCAUCAUAAAGAGAAACACUUUAAAAGAAUAGACACUUGCAUGUCUAGUGCUGUAAAUUCCUCCUUUGGGUACUAAAGAAAAAGAUUAUGCUGUA